AUGGUUCUUAUUACAAUAGCUCCUCCUUUGCAAGAAGCUGUCUUGUCAUCUCCUGUACUAUCAUCGGCUUCAGCAAGCAGUAGCAGCAUUAGCAGCACAAGCAGUGAAGCUGAUGACAGCCCACCCGCAUCUCAUCGUUUUGUGCUUCAAGAUGACGCCAAAUAUGAAUUUCCAUGCAAAACAUUAUGUGGGUUUCAAUCAUACAAAUCAUUGGCGGUGCUGUCUGGGCAUAUUGGUUCAGUUUCUUGCAUGGCCUUAUGUGGGGAAUUCAUCUUAAGUGCAUCACAAGGUAAGGAUAUUAUAGUGUGGCAACAGCCUGACUUGAGGCAGUUCACAAAGUUUGGCCAAGGUGAUGGCUCGGUGAAAGCGAUUGUGACUGUUAGCAACAAGGUUUUCACUGCACAUCAGGAUAGUAGGAUCAGAGUAUGGAAGGUUUCAAGAAGCUCAGAGAACGUGUUUAAGCUUGUCGACACACUUCCUACUACCAAGGACUAUUUGGGAAAGUUCAUGAAGCAAAGUAAUUAUGUCCAAACUCGGCGGCAUCAUAAGCGUUUAUGGAUUGAACACGCGGAUAGUAUUUCUUGUUUGACAGUCUGUAACGGGUUGAUUUAUUCAGGUUCAUGGGAUAAGACCCUUAAGGUGUGGAGGAUAUCUGAUUUGAAGUGUUUGGAAUCGAUUAAGGCCCAUGAUGAUGCUAUCAAUAGUUUGGUAGCUUGGAAGGGGAUAGUCUAUUCAGCAUCGGCGGAUGGGAAGAUCAAGGCUUGGGGAAAAGAAGCGAAGACCUCUCAUUCGUUGCAGGGGAUUUUAGAGGGUCACAAGGAUGUUUCGUUGAAUUCAGUUGUUGUUUCUGAAGAUGGAAAGUGGGUCUAUGGAGGGGGUUCAGAUGGGUUUGUUCUGGGGUGGGAAGGGAAUGGUGAUUUUGUUAGUUGGAAAUUAGUGAGUGAGACAAAAGCACACCAUGUGGCUGUUUUGUGUAUGUGCCUGACGGGAGAUUUUUUGUGCAGUGGCUCAGCUGAUAAAAGCAUUGGUAUUUGGAAGCGAGAGGCUUACGGUGAACUUUGUAAAGUUGGGGUCAUAAAUGGUCAUGAAGGGCCAGUCAAGUGUUUGCAGGCAUCACCCUGUAAUGUUGGUAGUGGUUUCUUGCUCUAUAGUGGAGGCCUUGACAAAUCUAUAAGGGUGUGGUGGGUGCCAAAGAACUCUGCAAAAAACGACGAAACAUCUACAACGUAACAGUUAACACAGAUCAGAAGUCUAUUGUCUUGGAUUAUCAAUGUUUUUGUGAGUAGUGGAGCAUUGCUUCCUUUUUUAAUUGUUUGUAGUUGCUUCGGAAGUCAUUUCGCUUUGUUUUGAUUCAAGCUGUGAACAUAGGAAAACAGAACCGAAGCUUUUAGGAGAUCUUGAAGUUGGUUUUGGGGUUCAGGUCUUCAUUUGCAGUUACUUAGGAUCAAUUUGUGCAGUUUCUUUAGAGUGGUGUGUGAUCAAUUUUUCUUUCUAUUUUUUUUUUCUGGGUUUUCAAACAGUUUUGUGGAUUCUUGUCAAUUGUAAAUAUGAGUGGUUUGAGGGAAAAUUCAAGCAA